AGAGGAAACAAUGACAUCAACAGAAAAGGACCAACAUGGAGCGAGAGAUCAGCGCUCUCAGGAGGCUGACAAAUCACACAGAAGAAAGGAAGAGAAAAGAUACAGCUGUGAUGAGUGUGGGAAGGAUAUUAAUCGGAAGUCUGACCUGAUACGGCAUCAACUCAUCCACAGUGGAGUUAAAGCACACUACUGUGACUUGUGUGGAAAGUCUUUUACCAUGGCUGCAAACUUAAAAAGACACCAACUCAUCCACAGUGCACUUAAACCGUACAGCUGUGACUUGUGUGAAAAAUCUUUCACCCAGUUCGGACACUUAAAAAGACACCAACUCCUCCACAGUGGAGUUAAAGCGUACAGCUGUGAUCGGUGUGGUAAAGCUUUUGCUCGUAGUAGCAGCUUACAGGGCCAUCUAGUUACCCACUCUGAAAAUAAUAAAGCAUAUAGCUGCGACAUUUGUGGAAAAACAUUCUGCUCGCUAGUCAAACGAAAUAUUCACCUGCGCAUUCACACUGGACAUGAUGUUUACUGGUGCGAUCAGUGUGGGAAACUGUUUACAACAGCCACACACUUACAAAACCACAUGUUUACCCACACUGAGGAGAGACCUUAUAAAUGUGACUGGUGUGAAAAGGCUUUUAAAGAGCCACGUUCCCUGAGACAGCAUCAACAGAUUCACACCAGAAAAAGACUCUACAAGUGCAGUUACUGUGAGAAGCAGAGCGACACAGAUGGAUCCAGUUCUCAACCCUGUCGUCACUGUGGUGGUGGGAAAGAGUUUCUCUGUGACCUUUGUGGAAAAACUUUCAGUCAUCAACGAAGCCUAAAAGUACAUCAGCGUAGACACACUGGAGACAAAAUGAACUACUGCAAAGAAUGUGGGAGAGGUUUCCCCAAACUAAGUGAAUUAAAACGACAUGAAGUCAUUCACAGUGGGGUUAAAAAGCACCUCUGUGACCAGUGUGGGUCAUCCUUCACCACUGCAGGUUACCUUAAAGUACAUAAACGAGUCCACACAGGAGAGAAACCGUACAAAUGUAGACACUGUGACAGAAGUUUCUCAUAUUCAGGGAGUCGUGAUCGCCAUGAACUUCGACAUAUUGAAGGGAACUUUAGAACAGUGUGACAAGAGCUUUAAGAAUCUGUUUAUAAUCUGAACAUAAACAAUCCCUCACUGUAAAUAAACUGUUUCACUGUUACCAAUGUGCAAAAACAGUCACUUCAUUAUCUGCUCUAUGCAAACAUCAGCAUGAUCCUGCAGGACGGACUUCACUGGAUCACAGUGAAUCUCAAAAGACAGAAAGAUCCUCUUUUGGUUUCAGGGUCAGACUUACAAACCAGAUCAGGCUCCACAGAGUUCAGAUGGAAUCCCCUGUAAAGAGUGUCAGCUGAUGUCACACUUGGAUCUCAUUUUCCGUGACAGAGCUCGUAACGUCAAGGUGGACAUUAGGUAUGGCUUUUUGCAGUGAUCUUGUAUAGAAAACAACUUCUGUAUCAAUAAUAUGUUUUCUUUUUGUCUACUUUGUGGCUCUGAUUUCUGGACUUGCAUCAAUAAUCCUGAAUGUUACAUUUGGGAAGCAGCAAGUUUUUCUCUUUUUUUUUUAAAAUGGAUUUUGAUUCUCCAAAAUGUUAUCACUGUCACGUUUAAAUGGUUUUCCCAUUGGGACACCGUAUUUAGUGGUAGUAGUAGUUGUUGUUGUUGUUUUUGAUGUUGUUUCACCUUAUAGUUAACUAAUAUUGUAUAAAUACUUGAACUUAACUUUUGUUUUGAUCUUCUGCCUGACUGGUGUUUUCACCUGUUUUACGGUAGAGGUGGGGGGAAAAUUGAUACAGCACAGCAUCUUGAUAUUUUGCAUUGCCAUGUUGUAUCAAUACAAUGACACCAAAUAUCGAUAUUUAUUAAAGAAAAUAAAAUACUCUGGAAAUACAAUGAAUAAGGGGGCUCAACGUAUAAGAGGCCAACUUUCUGCAAACAGUUGCAGUCUGACUUGAAGUGACUGCAAUCACUUUGGGAGAGAUUGUUGCAGAUUUUAAAUAAAUGCUGCCUUAUUUAUAAGUGCAGACUAUAUGCUACCAUGUUUUCAUCAGUUUGGUGUUAGGCUUGUUCAGUGAGCACUGCUUGAGGGGACUCGACUCACCGGGUUGGUUAGUCGGUUGCUGUUAAUAGACUUACAUUAGUUUAUAUUUGCUAACUAAAAGCAGAACUCACUGGAAUAUACGACACUAAAACUAGAAAUCAGUCUAUAAUGGGGGUUACUUUUAUGCUGCCUCUGACUUCAAUGAGUUUAAAGUUAAGAACCUGAGGAUAUACAGUCUACUCAAUCUUUUAAGCAGUAAGUGGUUCUUCGUUGGGAAAAUCUCCCACUUACAGUGGCUUGCAAAAUUAUUCGCCCCCCUUGAACUUUUCCACAUUUUUUCACAUUACAGCCACAAAAAGUUCAACAUGAAAGACCAAUACAAAGUGGUGUACACGUGAGAAGUG